GCGUCGACGGUGGCGACACUCGGAUGGCAUACUUGUCCUCGAAGCACAUGCCCUCUUGAAGUCCCUGGCUCGGAUCGCUCACACACGCUGGGGCCAAAGCAUCCGGCAGUUGUUGCUCGUAGACAACAUGGCCGUUGCAUUAGCAUUUGACCGUGGACGUUCCAAGAACUUCAAAAUGCUUCGCAUCAUUCGGAAGCUCGGGGCUCUGUGCUUAGCACGCAACAUUUUGCCUAGUGUGCGAUGGAUACCGUCUGAGUACAACUCUGCCGAUGAGCCGUCCCGCCUCGAGGAAGGUUCGACAUUUGGCGCCACCAGUGGUGCCUACACCGGCUGCGGUGAGGAAGCGGCGGCGCACACUCGAGGCACCCUCACUUCCCACAGCGAGUGCUUUGACCGGACGGAAACAGCCGAAGAGGAGCUUCGGUGUCAUUUGGGAUCCGUGUCCCGCGAUGUCUGGGGCGAUGGUGGCCGACUCGUUCUCCUACGAGAG